AUGGCCACUCUCGACACCCUGAAGCAAAGCCUUAGGCAGGCAGCGAGUGCGACAGCAUCGCACGCAACGCAGCCGUUGUCCCACGUGCAGUACAGUGCCGGUUUCGACGUCUUUAUGCAAGGCGCGGAAUCGAUGACAUACCAUAACUUCAUUGUCCCUCAACUCUCUUCGCUCCUAGACCGUUUACUGAAAUCGCGGGGCCAUAUCUCGGUGCUAGAAAUUGGACCCGGCCCAAAGAGCGUUUUUGGAUACUUGCCCUAUUAUACCAGGCGCAAAGUCAGGAGAUAUGUUGCGUUCGAGCCUAACGACUUGUUUGCCAUCAGGCUAGAUGAAUGGCUUCACCCCACCUCAGGUACAAAGCCACCUCUACCAUGUCUGGAACGCGGCCCCGAUAUCCAUCAGAUGCCGUUCGCACCAGACAACGACAACAAAAACACAAGGGGCGGUACCAGCUUCGGAACAACUGAUGGUGGGAAGUUCGAUAUCGUCAUGUUCUGCCAUAGCAUGUACGGCAUGAAACCUAAACGCAGAUUUAUCGAACAAGCACUGAAAUCACUUGACGAACACCCAGAACCGGGAUUAGUGGUAGUAUUCCAUCGUGACAGGGACUUGAACCUUGACGGCUUGGUGUGUCAUCACACGGCGUCUUUCCCCACCGGGGUGGUUCGGGUAGCAACCGACGAUGAGACACUGGACCGAUUUAGUUCUUUCAUCGCGGGCUUUGCCUUCCGAGAUGCGAAAAUGGACCAAGCUAUUCGGGGCGAAUGGCGUAAGCUGUGCCACGCACUUGGUCGUCGCGAAAAAGGAUACCCCGACCAUCUCUUGUUCAGUUCGCCCAACGUCAUGAUAACUUUUACCAAACAUGCAAUUGCAUUGCCGGACUUGAUGGCGCAGAUGCCAUUGGUGAAUAAAGACAGGAGAAUUAAAAACCAGGAGGCCCGCCUGCACCGUCCCGCAUCGAUUGUUAAGCCGACACGGAUUCAGCACAUCCAGCAGUGCGUGAAAUGGGCCCUUGAACAAAACGUUGGCGUUACUGUCAUAGGCGGAAGCCAUAGCGGCCAGUGUCUUUGGCCCAACGUCGUCGCCAUUGACAUGAGUGCUUUUGAUCAAGUACACACGGUAAUAGCUGAGAGUGAGGGAGGACAAACCAAUGUCGAUUCUAAGUCCCUGGUUGUCGCGGAGGCUGGCUGUAAUGCCGGAGAGAUUAUCCGCAAGACAAUGGCAGUAGGCUUGACAGUACCGCUGGGAGCCCGCCCCAGUGUAGGCUCAGGGCUAUGGCUGCAGGGCGGUAUUGGACACUUGGCCAGGUUGCAUGGGCUUGCGUGCGACGCUAUCGUGGGCGCCGUGAUGGUCAGCGUUGCCUCUGGUCAAGUACUAGCCGUCGGUCGCGUGCCGAACAAAUAUCGACCAGCCGAUGCAGUGCAGUCAGAAGUUGAAAGUGAUUUGUUAUGGGCUUUGAAAGGCGCAGGCACAAACUUUGGCAUCGUUGUCAGCGUUGUCUUUGAAACUCAUGCGGCCCGAACGUAUUCCGUCCGAAACUGGAGCAUCCCCCUAAAAGGCGGUCAUGAAGCGCGGCUCAAGCUUCACGAAAUCGAUCAAUGUACCAGGACGCUCUCCGGACACUGUUCUGCGGAUGCUUAUUUGUAUUCCAACAACGCGCAGAUGCAUCUUGGCGUUACGUUGAUCGAAUCUGCUACGACUAAAGUGCCUCCCCAAUCGCAUACGCUCAUAGGCUCAGCACUGGGACCGGAGGAUAAUCUCAACACCGUUGAUGGCGUCGGCCUAUUCGAAACUGAGAUGUACAUAUCCGGUAUGCACGGUGGACAUGGUGGUGGCAAGACGUCCUCUUUCAAGCGGUGCUUAUUUUUGAAACAUACUGGGGCCGUGGAUAUCGCAAACAUCUUAGUAGCGGCCAUAGAGACUCGUCCGUCUCCCCUCUGUUAUCUUCAUUUGCUCCAAGGGGGUGGGGCUGUCAGCGAUGUGGCCGAUCAUGCUACCGCUUUUGGGUGUCGAGACUGGGACUUUGCCUGCGUGAUAACUGCUGUCUGGCCUCGUGACCAAGGCGGGACUGAAGUUGCUCUGAGUGCCAUGCAAUGGGUGUAUAGCGUCGCCAGUGACUUAUUGCCCUUGAGCAGCGGAGCUUACGGUGCUGACCUCGGGCCAGACCCUAGAGACGCGGCGCUGGCGGCCAAGGCCUUCGGACAGAACGGACCGCGGCUGGCCUGGCUCAAGCAGAGCCUAGACCCGCGCAACGUUCUGGCUUACGCCUGUCCGCUCCCGAAACCGCCAAUGAAACAGAAGCUAAUUAUUCUUGCUACGGGAGAAAGCGGCGCUGGUAAAGACUACUGCGCUGAUGUUUGGGUCUCCAUGUUUACUAGAUGUGCCUACACACACUGCAAGGCACGCAAGGUGAGCAUCAGCGAUGCCACCAAGCGAGAGUACGCAGCAGCUACUGGCGCAGACUUGGAUGCUCUGUUGGGCGAUCGCACUUAUAAGGAACAACAUAGGCCAGCAUUGACAGCAUUCUUCAAGGAACAGAUGCGUCAGCAACCUCGACUGCCCGUGAAGCACUUCCUGAAUGCGGUGUCCGACGCUGCAGAUAUGGAUGUACUAGUAAUCACUGGGAUGAGAGAUGAGGCGCCGACUGCAACGUUGUCGCAUUUAGUUCCAAACAGCAGAUUGCUUGACAUUCGUGUCACAGCUAGUGAAGAGACGAGACAAGCUCGCCGGAAGUGCCCUGUCAAUGAUAAUGAUCAACAUGACAACCAUUGCAAGAAUGACGAUUGUGGCAGCAAUGGUAGUAAUUCUGAGUCGAAUUCGACCAAAUUUGACUAUCGCCACAGUCUCGUCUUUGACAAUGAAGCAACUGGGGAUGCCGUGGCCAGAAGGUUUGCGGAUAAAUACCUCCUUCCCCUCAUUCAUAAGGACUUGGAGCGACUAGCUAAUAUGGUGGUCCCUGUGCCUGAUUUCCCGCGCCCAGGCAUUGAAUUCCGACAUGUACUAAACAUCGCCCAGCAGCAGGGCGGGUUGGCUUUGUGCACUUCUCUGCUACGAACUCAGUUCAAAGGUGACUGGGCCAAAAUCGGUGCCGUAGCCUGUUGUGAAGCGGGGGGCUUCGUGUAUGCAUCGGCAUUGGCUCAGCAAGUUGACGUCCCCUUGGCGCUGAUCCGCGAAACUGGGAAGCUUCCCCCACCCACCAUUUUUGUCGAAAAGCCUUUGUCACAUAUCUCGGGCUCAAGAUCUGAUGAUUCAAGAGGGAAGAGAAUUGAGAUGAGUCAGGAUGUGAUUCCUAGGGGCUCAUCGGUGGUGGUAAUAGACGACGUACUUGCCACGGGAAAGACGCUUUGUGCAGUGCUUCAACUGUUAGCUAAAGCAGGCAUUAGUAACGAGAAUAUCAGCAUCAUGGUCGUAGCUGAAUUUCCAGUUCACCACGGCCGGGAACUCCUGUAUCAUCGUGGCUUUGGUGGUAUCAGUAUUGAAAGCCUUUUAGUCUUUCAAGGGGUCUAG